AUGUCGCCUUCUUCACGACCUGGUCACCAUGCGCCUAUGCCAUCACUCUCAUCAUCAAUAUCAUCAUGUUCGAGUACCUCUUCCUCUGUACUUGGUAUGGAUGUGAAUGGCAACAGCGGCAGCAGAAGAAGAUACCAUCAACAGCAACAACAACCACCCUCAACAACAGGACGUGGGAGACGACAACAACGACGUGUAUCAUUUAACGAGCAAGUGGUUGUAUUGGGUGACCCAAGACAACAACAAAAAUCGUGCACACUUUCCACUGCAUUAUUGGAUGCUGAGCAAUAUUGUGCCUUGACCACAGCAACUCGUCUUCAUCAUAGCAGCUAUGCAGGAGAUACCAUUUUGGGAGCUGCAACAGCAACAGCAGCAGCAUCAGCAGGAACCAACAGAGUGAGCUCGGAUGACAAUGAUUACAACUGGUGGUCAGAUGAAUCACCCCUUGCUGUUGACUUGGCUGAAGAUGAUGCCAUGCUUGAAAAUGAAGCCUAUAAAAGUCGUCCAUGGUAUCGACGUAAAAGACAAUGGUGGCAAGCUUUACGUAAACGUCGUCAUUGCCAAUCUUCUUGUCGUGGUCCUCGUCGUCAACAACAUUUAUCCUCCUCUUCUUCUCAUCAACCUACUACUACCACUACACAACAAUCCAUACAUCCAUCAAGCAAACAUGAGCCAACAACAACAACAACAUCCGAUCAUGUCAGUGAAAAAGAAAAGAAUCAUGCGACGACAUCACCAACAUCGUCAUGCAUCCCAUCACGCCCCUUUCAACGUAUCUCUGCAGCUUGCAAAAAAGCAAUUAGGACCAUUGUAAUGUAA